GCUGUGAAAGAGUUACACCGUCGCCGAUAUAUAAACUCCUUUCCCCUCCCCAUCAACGUCACCAUCCCCCUGAAACUAACAACAUGGAGUCCGGUGUUUAGUGAGCAAAAACGGUCUUCACCGUUAACCAACCAUAUAUGCUUUCCCCGGUGCCCUCGAGGGACGCGUGCGACGCUCCGGGACGCACACAUGCACUAUAAGCGGCGGUGUGUUCAUGCCACUUGAAAUCAUACAGGACACGGAGUGAGAGAGAUGUGAUUGGACGCAGAAGAUCCCAAAUACAGGCCGCUUUCCGCGAGGAGAGGUGGACAACAGCUGUGCCCAGACCAGUGCAUCAAGGGACCAUGGAGCCUGAAGAUGACCUCUCGAUCCGGGACCCCCUAGAUCUGUUGUCCGACCCAGGAGCGGCGCCGUCAACAUCAAGCUCCUUACUCAACUACACCUUACUGGGAGGGUUAUCUCACAGCGCCAUUCUGGAGAGGGAUGAUGGCAGCGGAGAUCCCGAAAGUCCAAAAUGCUUGUUCCCCACACUGGAGCCGUGUGGGAAUGAACAGAGAAGCCUGCGGUCGUCAUCGUUCCCUUCGUCUCUCACUUGGGAUUCUGACUCGGAGAAGGAAAUCUUGGACGAGGAAGAACUUCAGCACUUUUCUAACCCUCAUGGUCUGGCUGCUCACAGCCCAGGAAGUCCAACUUCUGGACAACAGCAAAGCAGACUUGACAUUGAUCUUUGCCAGGAACCUGAGGAGCACUUAUUUCAUGCCAAGAUCGUACCUUUCGCCCUGGAAGAUGAUGAUGUAACACACAGGAAUCCAACAACUGCAGACUCACAGAAACAUACAGAAAAAAUUGAACAAGACAAAGUGAGCCAUUUGCCCGAUGUUAUACCCAAAGACAGAUGCCAAAAAACGAAAGAAGAUAGCCUGAGAAAGCAUAACCAGAAGGGGCUGGUAAAGGCGAGUACCAAAGAGCCAGACGUAUAUACCUUCCCAGGUGACUCUGAGCCCGAGAGCCCACCACCCGGACCUUGGGCGCACUGCACCUUCAUCCAACGGCGGAGGAAAAAGCGGGCCAUACUGAGACCUUUCUCUGGACUGGGGAAUUGGCAUCGUACAACAGGAGCCGGCAGAAGGGCCAGGGGGAAACCUUCAGGAGCAAAAGAGCUCACGAAGAUCACAGAUGUCGAGGGAGGGAUGUUGGAGUUGAACCGGGGAAAGGAAAAGAAGGUACAGAAAAGGCAGAAGUCAGUUGUGAGCCAUCUGGGUGGCCAUGAGAUUUUCACAUGUGUGGAGUGUAGCAUUUACUUCAAAAAACGAGACCAUCUACGGGAACAUAUGCGAGAACACGGUCAAGGCGAGCCUGGGAAGAAAUGGCAAUGCGGAGAGAAAGAGUCUUGGAGUGGACAUCCUACUAAAAGCGGAUUUGAAUGCGUAGAGUGCGGUCUGGAGUUUGCGGACCAGGUACCACUGCUAGAUCAUCAAAGAUGCCAUGAGGAAUCACGCCGGAAAAUCCUGGAGGAGAUUGGGAAAUUAAACGAGAGGGAAACACGAGAGGCGGAGCAAGCUAGUUGCAGUAAAACAUCCGAUAUGGUCACCGAAGCGUCACCAGAGGUCGGCUCGGGCCGACUCGUGUGUCUGAAAUGCAGCUUUAGCUGUGACGUGCCACAAGAGCUUGCAGACCAUGCCAAGACGCACAACACUAGAAAAAGGGCCGGCGUAUAUCGCACGUCGCCUCGUUUCCAGCAGAGGUCCUGCAAAAAAGGACAGGGUCAGUCUUCGGGGGACGAUGCGACAACUCUGGUCUCACUUUUUGGCAAGAGGUACCCCAUUCGAGCUUCGAAGAAAACAAAAACGCAACCUAGCCCUUCACAAGUCCCACUAAAUCCCUCGACUCAAGGAGAGCAGAGUCCUGACAAAGAAACCACGCAUCUGGAAACAGUCGGCGAAAGCCAAGAAGAAAGCCAAACAGAAAAGCCAGCAGUGGCUGAACCUGUGGAGGAGAACGUCCAACAGCCUCUCAUGUCCUCGCCUCAAAAUCCUUGCAAAAAUGCCGCUCCACGGCGUAGGGACUUGGCGUUCAAGAGCAUAGUAAACAAGUGCUCGGCCCGGGCUGCGAGGGGUAGGCUGGGGCGCACGAGGGCAAGCACAAGACUGGAUCCCAAGUCCAACCAGACUCAACAGGUUCAAAUCUCAAACGAGACCGAAGAGAACCAGAACCAGAUACCGGAACCUGAUCAUGAUCUAAAACAAGGCUCCAAAACAGGAAAGAAGCCACCUGCCAAUGCUGUGGAUCUCCAAGCCUCCCUGUCACCAAAGCAGAGCAGCAAAAAGCUUGAUCCCCCCGAGGAUGAACCCAAACUCAACAAAGACAAAUCGUAUAGCGGGGGCAAGUGUGAGAAAGGCCUGCUGGUUGCCACUAAACUAGAGGGAGAUGAUGAUGAAGAUGAUGAUGAUGUUGUUAAUUGUCUUUUUGGUGUAUUGACGGAGGAGGAUGAUGAAGAUGGUGAGGGAUUGUCAAAAAGUGUGGAAAGAAAGUGCCCUUAUUGCCCCGAUCGGUUCCACAAUGGCAUUGGACUAGCCAAUCAUAUUAGAGGUCACCUGAACCGUGUAGGUGUGAGCUACAAUGUUAGGCACUUCAUCUCGCCAGAAGAGGUCAAUGCCAUUGAGAAGAAAUUCUCAUACCAAAAGAAGAAGAAAAAAGUUGCCAACUUUGAUCCCUCAACCUUCAGUGUAAUGAGAUGUGAGUUCUGCAGCGCUGGCUUCGACACCCGGGCUGGUCUUUCCAGUCACGCCCGUGCCCAUCUCCGAGACUUCGGAAUCACCAACUGGGAAGUCACAGCUUCCCCUAUUAAUAUCCUCCGGGAGCUCUUUGCCAAGCAUCCAAAUCUUGUUCUGCCUACACCGUCUCAUACACUUCAGUCAAGCCAAGAUGAAAACUCCGAUGACGAACAUGAUGAGAAACAUGAGGAGAAUGUGACCACAAAGUCCAUCACUGACUCCUCUGAGUCUCCGCACAAUAUGAAUGAAGCAGAGGAGGGUGGUGAGGAGGUGGAGGAUGACAACGACGAAGAAGAGGAUGCCAAAAUACCCCUUACAGAUAAGUUGGCCACAAGUCCAAGAGAAAAAACUCUGUUCUUUGAGGAACAGAGUCCUGAAUCCAAAGAGACAGACACUAUGGCCUCCAGCUUAUUGAAAUGUGAAUUUUGUGGCGCUACCUUCGAGACACGUCGUGGUUUGUCUAGCCAUGCACGCUCUCACCUCCGCCAGCUAGGCAUCGGUAUGGCAGAGAACAGUGGGGCGCCUAUCGACCUCCUCCGCCAGAUCGCUAAAGAACGUGCCACGGAUGCACGUUUCACUGGUACUCCUCCAUUCAUGGCAUCACUUAAGACGCCCCAGCAUCAUACCCUGACUAUAUCCAGCCCUACAAAAGAUAUUGAAACCGAAGAGGAAAACAAGCCCACCGUCUCGUUCUGCGCGCGACCUUCUGUUAAAGUUUCCUCUUCCCCAGCCGCUUCCUCUGCGGCCGGCUCUUUGUCCUCAUCUCCAUUUGUAAAGUCGCGCUCGCCUUCCCCCGUGCUGAGAAAAGCUCCCAUCUCUUCCCUGCUUCCUGCAUCUUCCCCGCUGCGAUCCCAGGAACACAAAACAUUGGGAAAGAACCAAGCCACGAAUUUCUCCAGUCCCAACAAACCGUUUUGGGCACCGCAAGACACGGAUGCACCUUUGAAUCUAACAAUGGAGAUGGACUCCAAAGACAUUAUUUGCCAGUUGUGUGGUGCUUGGUUCGAAACACGGAAGGGCCUCUCAAGUCACGCUCGGGCCCACUUGCGCCAUUUCGGAAUCGAGUACUCGGAAUCCAAAGGCUCCCCCAUCGACUUACUCAACCGCUUCAUCCUGACGGAUGACUUUAAGCACAAAGCUAAUUCUUUUCUCUCGGAUGCACCUGGAGACCUGAGGUCUCAGAAGACCAGCGUGGCUUCCACUUUACCCUCCACCUCUUCCGCUAAAAUGCCUCUCGCCUCUAGUCUUAUCCUAUUCAAAACGACUCCAAUGAAGACCAACAUCGGCCCCAAAGCUACCUCGCCGUCUGCACACCUGUUAGGCCCCCCUGCAAAGAAGCUGAAACCUUCCUCUAUUCAGGUUCUUCGUUUCUGUGGCGGAGAUGCGAUGCCCUUCCCUUUAGAGCCAACGAAAGACGUGAGCUGCGAAUUCUGUGGAGAACUUUUUGAGAACCGCAAAGGUCUCUCCAGCCACGCCCGUUCCCACCUGCGCCAGCUUGGCAUCACCGAAUGGUCCGUCAACGGUUCUCCUAUCGACACGCUACGAGAGAUUAUAGUCCGUCGAGGUCUACCGUCCAUCACGCCUCUUAAAUCCACCAAGUCCCCCUCCUCUCCGGUCGCUCGGCACGCUCUCCAUUCCUCUUCCCCAACUGGAAACAUUCUCGGGCGUCUGCCUUACCACUUCCCUCAAUCACCAAGCCAGGACCAGCCUACCAUCCGAAAAAUGUCUCCUUCGACAUCCAAAACCAGUUCUUCCCCAGCAGUGGAAAUGGUUAAACCAAAACCAGAGCCUGAACUUGUAGAAGUGACCGUGAAAGGGUCAGAUAUGGGUGUAAAUAAAGGUUACAGCCCGGAGCCACAACAUUCCGGUUCAAACAGUUCCGAUGUUUAUCCAAUCAACUUUGUCAUGACCCAGGAGAAGGAACCUUCCCGUGACAUCCGAUGUGAAUUCUGUGGCGAAUUCUUCGAGAACCGCAAAGGCCUCUCGAGCCACGCCCGAUCGCACCUCAGGCACAUGGGUAUCACAGAGUGGUCCGUGAACGGCUCUCCCAUUGAUACGUUGUGGGAGGUUAUGAGGAGGCAGGGAACCACCCCUGCGUCUGUCAUCUUGGGCAUCAAAGAGGAACCGGGACAGGAUGGCAGGGUUUCAUUUAACUAUCUUUCCCCUGCGCUUUCCCGCAAAUCCCCCCUCAACCUUCUCCACUCCGGUUCGCGCCUCCAUAAGCACGGCCUUGGAUCCGUGAGCUUGUCCCCCACCCUACCUGUGGCCAGGUUAUUUGCGAUGACUCCUCUAAAGAAGAAGAUGCUGGUGGAGGAGAGAGUGUCAGGAGAGAAGUCACUGCCUAUCCAAUCUAAAAACUUCUCGCCUCCCCCGCAGGACUUUUCCUUUAAGAGUAAAGUCUCUGCAGAGAAGCAUGGGAUAGUCCACAUGGAUGCCAGUUGUGAACUCUGUGGGUUCUACUUUGAGAACCGAAAGGCUCUGGCCAGUCACGCGCGAGCACAUCUGCGGCAGUUUGGGGUGACAGAGUGGUGUGUCAAUGGUUCGCCUAUCGAGACGCUGAGCGCCUGGAUCCGCAGUCGGCCACAGAAGGCAGCAGAGAUGCAGCAGAGUUACGCGCAAGGAGCCCGUUACACCCAAAAGAAGAGGUGCAAUUCUGCUCUUCUGCCGUCCCGUGAUUCUGACCCUACGACUCCAGUUUCCCACAAGCCUUCAGUGUCCAAGUGGGCAUCUCUCAAGAUGCCCCAAAAGCGAGCAAUGGGGCGGGAUGCCAACAGCUCUUCCUGGGGUUUGUCAAUAAGGGCGACCGAAGCAAAAAGCAGGAGUGCGAGUUCCUCUCAGCAGGGACUGAUUCCACAGCCUGACGGUCGUCAUUCCAAUAACACACUUCCACACACACAGGUGGCACAUAGUGAACUCAACGUGCGCGUACCACGAGGAUUUGAGAGACGGCCACCUAAACACCCGUCGCAUGCUGACGGCGGAGAAAGAGAGAGCGGUCCUCCAAAACCUCGCUCCAGUACUGUACCUUCCCUUGUGCCAAAGCCCCCAUCCACGCCACUGGUUACACUCGUGGGUAAAAUUUACUCGCUCAAGUGCCGGUUCUGUGACGUGGAGUUUCACGGGCCGCUCUCGGUACAGGAAGACUGGAUCAGGCACUUACAGCAGCACAUCCUCAAUCUCAACUACAACAAGACCGACCCGCCCGUGAACGACACUUCCGCUCCUGAACCCCCAGCCGCCACCUCCACUACAACCACAACUUUCACUGCCACCCCGGCCAUGCCCACACCGGCCUCCAUACUUACACCCUCCCCAACCCAUGCCUCAUCAGCGCCCCCUGUGGCUAGCGCAGCACUGCAAACCACAGCAGAGCCGCUUUCCUCCCCCGCUAAUUAGUGUCCCUUCCACAUACAGUGUACACGUAUCAUCAACAGCGAUCAUAUCCCUUGCCGUCUGUUUGGUUCCUGUACAGACCGUUACUCAUCCGUGAAUAUUCCUGUCUUUGAUCAAAAGGAGAGAUUUGAAAUCUCCCAUACCGACCCACUUAACCUGACCUACAUUACAGGCGUCUUUACUGACAGAUACAGACAUGAGGUAGGUCUGUUGCCAUGGCAGCUCUCAUCUGUCUUUUGGCUCUUAAGCAUCAGAAGCGAAAGGUCACCGUGUAAUGUGAUGUCUAGAAAAGCAGACGCCCCAUGCCCAAAGCAGAACAUUUGAUAAAAUGUCGACAAAUCAAAGAAUUGCAAUCAAUCGGCACAAUGUUAAACUCAUAUUAUAGAUUGUAUUAACUAUAUAGCACUUAAAGGCGUUUGGCCCAUACAAUUUCUUUUUUGCAUUUAGUCAAAGUGAUUGUAUGACAGAUAGCUUUCAGGUCAAAACAGCCCCGUUUUCUAGCAUAUUCUCGAAGGCCACAGUCUAUGACGGAUUCUUGACUCUUUAAUUCAACAAUCAGAUUCGACUAAAACCAGUUGCUGCUAAAUAUUGAAAUAAGCUAAGCACAUUGAGUUAUACGUAUCGUUUUCGCACAUGACCAACAUUUGUAGUCGAUGAGAUUUAUGCCUUCGUUACCAUUUCGUACAGCACAUUGUUUUGUAGCGUGUUUGCACAUAGCUAGUUUUAACGCAAAGCAAGUUUUGCAUGAUGCUUUGAUGAAUCUGACCUUGGAUUGCUCCAGUUCCAGCUUUUUGCUAAUUUCAAAUGUCCAAAUGAAACAGCUGAGACAGCUGUCUAAAAACGCCUGCUUGUUAAAGCUUUCUAAGAAUUUGCCUCCGAAGGGCCUAAGAGGUUUAGGACUGAACGUAUUGCUAAAUACUAAAAGUAUUUUGUUUUGUGGCGUUCUAGUGAUCCAACAUUAAUGUGUGGUUAAGCUGAAUGCUGUUUUUUCUACACUACAUCACUUUGAAUGUUUCUCCAGAGUUAACAAGUCAAUGCACUUUUAUCUGUAACGAAUGAAUUAGGGAAUGUUUGCUUGUUUCACCUCCUGUAUGUUUCUGUUACCGAAUCCGAGUUAGUACAAAGUGCAAAGUUCUGAUUUCCCAUGUGUUUUUUUGUCUUAUGUGUCUUAACCGGCAAGACAUAUUCUUGAAGACAUUUUUGUGGGCAAAAAAGGAUUACAAAAACCCCAGUGGUGUAUAAAUUUGCCAGUCACAGAAUGUGCCAAAGAGUCUGUUUGCCUCGGAUUGAGCUUGUCUCAAUAGCUUUACACCGUGUCUACACCGGACACACGGCUUGUUCUAAUGGGAUGUCGAGCUGCGCCGCAUCAAACAAAAUUAUAACAGGUUCUGUUGUCUUUUGCCGCUUCCGGUGUAGAAACGGUGUUAGUUUACUAACUAGUUGAGACGGAUGAUUCCAUGCCGUUUUUUUGUUAGCAGUUAUGUUGUUCGACACUAGCAACAGCUUUUUGCGUUAAAGUUUAUUGAAAUAAAAUAAAAUAAAACUGAGGCACUUUUUGUUGAGUUCUGUAGUGUUCUGGUUGGCCAAAAAAUUGACAUUUUACCACAAAUCAGACGACUGCCUUUCAAACAUACGACUGCUUUGUCAAAUUUCUACAUGUGCACAUGGAAGCGACAACAGACCAAUCCAUGAGCUUAAAACUGUGGAUGUUUGUUGUAACUUUCACAACGUUGACUGUUAGGCUUUGUGUAUUCCAGAAGGAAUAUUGAUUAUUAUCAUAACCUAACGUAUGUAUAGACAAGAAAACAAAACUACGAUAUUACCAGUUUAACACUUCAGAUGUGAUCUUGAUCGUUGUGAAUUUAUUUGGAUCUUUAUUAAUGCUGUGUAUUUUUUAUUGAGCUGUGCGUUUCUUUAAUUCCAGUUACGAUGUAAUAGAUCAAUGUUUUAUUUUUAUUCCAUCGGUUUCUCUUCUAAGACAAACUACAUCGGUGCUCACGAACGCAUAAGAAAUGGACUUUAGAAGAUGGUUCAAUAGGGAAACUGGUCAAGUCCUGCCAGGACUCUAAAAAAGUGUCUUACAUGCGACUGCUGUGUACAUUCUGAAUUUGUGGUAUUUGUUAGUUGGGACGUUUUGACUGUUGCCCAGUUGGCUCGUGUUUAACAGCUGAUGGUAGAAGUUCUCUUAAAGAUCUUCAGCUGGUUUAGACUAAAGUCUGGUUAAGUAUUUGUGUGUGUAAGGCGACUUUUUGUGACUAAAAGCGAGAGUCGCCGUGGAAGCUGACCAGAGCGCAACCAUAGAAAAAAGGUUUAUAUGAAUGUGCUCAUGACUGAAAAUCAUUAAAUGUGAUCUGAACUGUUGGCGAGUGGUGCUCAUCAUUUCUUGUUUACACAGGAUUUACAAUAACGCAUUCAUAUUUGACGUCCCUUUGCAUUAUCAGCAAUAGCUUAAAAGUUGUGAACAGUAUGAAGGUGUAAAUAGAAAACUGAACAGCUGGUUAAGUAAAUGUGAUGGGUACCAAGUUUCUGUAUGGGGUCUGAAACACGUGACACUUUCGUGUAAUACUUUAUCCUGUUUAACAAUUACCAGAAGUUAUUGCAAUUCAAUUCAUGUAGAAUUUUCCAAACUCAUAUAUAACAAAUAAAUCUCUAA